AUGAGUGAUGCCAGCAGUGGAGAAGAGCGAUGCACAAACACAUCACCCACCCUAGAUGAGUCAGACCCUGAAUUAUAUUACGAGGAAGAUGAAGAUGAAGAAGAGAGUGAGAGUGACAGUGACAGUGAUUAUUCAGAUAUCAAGAGCAUCUUGUCUGAAGACUCUAUCUACCCUUUCUAUGAGUCAGAUACGUCUGACAAGGAUACUGACACAGAGCUCACAUUCUACUGCUGCUGUGUCAAGAAUGAUGCCAGACGUCUUCAAGAGAAACUGGACAGUGGGGUAACUCGGGAAGAAGUUAUGGAACUGGACAUCAAUAGACGGAAUUGUCUACUAGUGGCAUGUUACAAAGGCUUCAUAGACAUUGUCGUCGUUCUCAGCAAAUGCCCCUACAUAGAUGUCAACCAUCAGGAUAAUGAUGGAAACACCGCACUCAUGGUAGCUGCUCAGGCAGGUUUCGCCACUAUUGUUAACUAUCUUCUGAACUACUACCCAGCACUAGAGAUUGAAAAGCGCGAUGUCCGGGGUCUGACUGCACUCAUGAAGGCCGCAAUGCAAGGGAAGAACGACUGCGUCUCAGCCUUGCUCAUGUCAGGUGCUGACCUGACAGCUGUGGACCCAGUGAAAAGGAAGACAGCACGGGAGUGGGCAGCCUUGACCGGACGCUUUGAAACCAUCGUGCGGAUCCGAACCCUUCUGAAGCGUCCGUGUGCUGAGCAAUUCAGUAACAAGUACUCGCCUGAAUGGCCUGCGCUGCCUACGCUGGUGGCACAGACCCUGGACAGAUCCCGGGCCGAGUGCCUGUCGGACAAAAUCCGUGCCAUGUUCACUAUCAGGUUUCCCCAUGAUCCUGAGCCCGAUGGUGUUCUGGAUCACAUGGUGCGCAUGACCACUUGCUUGGCCAGUCCCUUUGUGGCCACUGCUUGCCGAACCAUCUGUCCCGACAGUCCACCAGAAGUGGGCAAGCAGAGGAUCUCGGUGCCAGAGAUCCUCAACGAGUACACACCAGACCCUGAUGCCAAAUCCAUGGCUGGCGAAUCCUCUUGCAAUGGCCAACUCAUGACACCAAACUGGGUUCUGGUGCCGUACAAACCCCACAGUACCAUCGUGAAACUCCUCACCCUUCCUUUCCGCUUGCAUCGCAACAUUGUUUACCCCGGUAGAAUCCCAAAAAUCAGACUCACCAAAUCGCCUGCCCAAUGGGCAGAGAAGCUGCCAGACCCCUCCGCAGCCUCCCCGAAUACACUGAGGUUGCCUCGGUGGCGAUACCAGGAACUCCGGGAAGCGAGGAAGAAAGCUGAAGAGGCAGCAGGGAAGCCCAAGAUGGUCAAGAGGAAGCAGAGGAGGAUGGGGACACCCAGAAAGCCAUAA